AUGCUGUACUUCCAGGUGGUGAUUCUGGCAGCUACAGCGAUGCUGGUUUACUACUGUGAGUUCACUGACACCUUCAGCCCGGCACAGCAGGGCUUCAUGUGCAGAGACCCGACCUUAACUAAACCAGACCCUGGACCUGAACAGGACAGUCGCCUGCAGCCUGUGAUACUGUACUCUGUGGUGGGGGGACUGCCUGUUGUACUGAUUUCAGGUGUCGAGCUUGUUAUCUUCCUCCUUCAAUACAACUCAGACAACCUGUACGACCAAGAGAAGGUUGUUGUCAUGGGUGACUGUUGCUACGUGAACCCUAUGGUGCGCAGGACCUUCCGUUUCCUUGGUGUGUAUGUCUUCGGUCUGUUUACAACAGACAUCUUUGUCAACGCAGGUCAGCUGGUCACAGGAAGUCUGGCUCCUCACUUCCUGUCUGUUUGUCUGCCAAAUUACACUGCCCUCGGCUGCCUGGACACGGCCCUCUUUGUCAGCCAAUCAGAUGCUUGUACUGGUGAGCCUGAUGACAUCAUGAGAGCCAGGAAGACUUUCCCAUCUAAAGAGGCUGCCCUGAGCGUGUAUACAGCUGUUUACCUGGCAAUGUACAUCAUGUCCUGUGUCGGAUCCAAAGGAGGUCGUCUGACCGGCCCCCUCCUCAGCCUCUCCUUGGUCAGUCUGGCUGUGCUAACAGGCAUCAACAGAGUGGCCGAGUACCGAAACCACUGGAGCGAUGUCAUUGCAGGACAAGCCAUCGGGGGAGCUAUCGCUGUCUUUCUGGUCCAUUAUUAUUCCUCUAACUCAGGGGUCUUCAAUGUUUCUCAGGCCCCCAAGGACCUCCAAACUGGUGUAGCGUUUGUGGUUCAGUAUUUUAAAAAGAGAUCUGAGAUUUCUCAGAGUCCCUCAGAUGCCGGCACAGCUAACACCGAUGAGUCUUCACCCAAAAGAAAUUACUCAAUGGAAGCCAGUGACAAAUACAUUGUUCCAGAGGUCAAAGCUAUCAUUGUUGAAUAUGUGUCCUGCAUCACUUCACACUCACAGGCCAGCAAAGAGAUUAUUUAG